AUGCGGCUGCAGCGACUAGGCACCGUGCUCGCGCUCUUCGGCGGCCUGGCUCACGCGUCCGUGGCGGCCGUGGUGUCGCGCCCCUACGGCGGUGCCGGCAACGAGACGCAGCACUACCCGGAGUGGACGGUGCGGGACCUGUUCCGAGAGGUCGACCUGGAGCAGCACCGAGUGUGGGUGUCGUUCCUGCUGCUGGAGCGCGGCGCGGUGACGGCCGAGUCGCGCUGCAUGCUCGCGCUGGCGCCGCCCGCCGACGCGGACCCGCGCACGUGGUCGUGGUACCACCGGCAGUGCCACGGCGGCAUCGGCCGCGGCGCCUUCGUGUCGUGGGGCUACGCCGCCGCCGGCGACAGGGCCGUCAUGACGGUCGUCAGCGAGGCCCGCGACCGCGUCGCCAUCUUCACCUUCCCGCACGUCAACUCGGGGUCGUACCUCGGCGACGCCGGCCCCGAGCCCGUGUUCCCCAUCCUGCGCAAGUGA